CCCAUGUGAUGGAAGUCUGUUCCAUUUAACUGUUUUCUUUGAUGAAGGAAGGACGGUGUCCUUGUAAGCAAUGUGUCAGGCACCUCACCUUGGCUCAACGUAGUGAGCGGUGAAGAGGGGCGUGGGGUGGACAAGACCCAAACACAGACCUGCUAGCGAUGGAAGACGUCUGACAUGCAGUUCAUCUGGAAAUGCUGGCAUGAGCCUUGGAGAGAAACAAGGACGUAGCGCCGUUCCAGACAGUGAGGGGCUCGACAUGCCCUCCAUGUUUGCUCGGAGGUGUACGGAGCAUCCUGUCCGCUCAUUGGUCAGUGAAUGAAACCUCUGUUGAUUGGUCCUCGUCCGAGCGACAGCGAUGAAAAGUUGAAAAUGUUUCAACUUUCUGGGAUCGCGUCGCUGGGUCGUCCGUGCACGACACGUGCACGAGUGCAAAAUUUCACACGCACGUUUUUCGCAUUUCGCUUAGUAGGAGGGAGACCCGCGAUUAUCGCUUUGUCGCGCACGUCUCAUUGAAAAUGAAUGGAGGAGAGGCGAUGUGGCCUCCCGUGUGUCGAGCCCAUUACUCCUUUUUCUGCUCAUAACCUCAGAUAGUAAAUGUGCAUUGUGUCAUAAGUGACAGAGAGGAUAGGAAGCUUUUCUAAUUUUCUGACUUCUUGAUGAGCUUGAAAGUUUGCGGCUUUGCUUUGGUUGGAUGCUGAUCCAAUCCCGUCUCUGCACCUUGUAUAUUUACUAUAAAACAUAUUUUUAAUUUCUACCAAAAUCUAAAACAUUGUAGCAACUCACGUACACCCCUCCUCAUGUGGAUCCCACGUUACAUCUUUACUUUAUGUUUUCUCCCUUCAGACCCCCCUGAUGGGUCCCCCUCCUGCUCUGUGGAGGCAGCUCUGAACCACACCUCUCUCAGACUGGUCUGCUCCUGGCCCGGUGGAUUUCCCUCCCCGUCCAUCCUGUGGUCUGGAGACCUGACACAAGCAGGACAGGGACAGACUGACACAGGGCAGACGAGUUCUGCCAUCAUGUCGUUGUCCUCGCAGAGCCUCUCUACAAACAGCAGCAUGUUUACAUGUGUGGGUUCUCACCCCGCUCUGAAACAACAGACAACAUGCACCACUCGCUCAUGCAAGAACAGGAACAAAAACAGUAAAAUCUAUAAAAAUAAACUAACAUUUUUCUCUACUUUUUAAAAAAAAAUUCUCUAUCAGAUGUUCCUCCAGCAGAGCCGGUGUGUUUCACCAACAUGAGCGACAGACAAUAUGUGACUUUUCUCUUCACCUGGGAUGGAGGGGCCCCUAGAGCCUUAACAUGGUGGGAGGAACCAGGGGCUCAAACCCUAAGCGGAAAAGAAGAGUCCAACAUCCUGGUCCUUCGCUAUGGCACCGUCCAGGGCGGGAAGCCCUACACAUGCUAUGCUAAACACCCACUAAUGGUUCAACCAAAGACCUGCAAGCUUACACCGGUUGGUCCUGACGUUCCUCACGUAGAUGUGGCUCCAUACAGAAGAACUGAGUAUGGAUACUCAGUUCUGGAGACAGAGAAUGCUUCUCUAUCCUGUGGUGCCCAGUCCAAUCCGGCCAGUCAGUACCUCUGGUUCUACAACAAGUCACAAAUCUACAUCGGACCUCAGUUCACCAUCAACAGGAUCCUCCGUAUGUUUGCUGGCAACUACACCUGCCUGGCACAAAACUCCUACCUGAACACCAGGUCAAAGAAAACGAUCCGCCUGAUCAUCUACUCCUGGGGAGCACUGGAGGCGGACGCGCCGCGCAAAGUCGCGCCGGAGAUUAGGAGAAGUCAAGCGGUCACACAGGACGGGCUGCGCCACACCGCUGAACGCUUCUUGGUAAGUCGUGCGAUAGUCACAACAUCACGCGGGACUUGAGAACAGAAAGCAGGAAGUGACUCUUGUUGCUUAUACGUGAUCAGACUUGCCGUCGACCUUUGAGAGACUCAAAUUAUUUAAAAAUGGGUAAGUAUGCAAUUUAUUUGAACAUUUAAAGAAUGUAAUGAUCUGAAGUUGUAUAUUCAUACACUGUAAUUAGAUCUAAGUUUAAUAAUCAGAAGGGUUGUUUUUAUCAUCAGGGAGUUUACUUAAACACUUUGUAUUGACUGAGAGACAAGAAACGAGAGAGUUGGGAUCGUUUAAGAAUCUUUAAUUUCUAUAAUUAUAAAUUCUUACAAUCUACCAGGACUAUCUCAAUGAUGAAUGUAUAUGGAUUUGGAUGUUUCGUGUUGGUGUGUGUGUGUGUGUGUGUGUGUGUUCAGGAUCUCUAGGCUGACGUAGCGAAUCUGGUUGUUAUGACUAGGAACCACGAGGCUUCAGAAGCUGAUGACACGAGCAGCCAUUUUGCCGUAUUUACGUACCCAGUGGAGCCUCCCGUGUUAGAUCAGGAACUGCCAGGUCCUCGGACCUUCAGAGGUACUGGAGCUGGUUGAAACAGCGGUCACAGCACACAAAGCCCGUCUGAAGGGUCGACUCAGGUAGCAUUGGCAGGCGUCAGCAAGUUCACUCUUAUUUUGAAGGAACGUCGUCUAGUUGGUUCAAACGACGGAAAUCUCCAGCUUGACAGUUCUCAGCUUAAAGUAGAAAGUACAGCUGGCCAGCCUGCAACUUCCUUAAUGAUGACAAUGGAAAUCCUUAGGACCUCCACAUGAACGGAACUGAGGUUAACGUGGAACUGAGUAUAAAAUGGCGUUGCCUUAUUUUAUAUCCCUUCAUUGUUUACAAAUUUCAGUAAACCGGAUUGGACGACUUUCAUUAAACAACCCAGAUUCUGCCUACGACAGACGAAAGCUCUGAUUGGCUGAAAACAAUGUGUCAUGCGUUUCCAUGGUAAUGUAUAUCAGUGUGUCUGGUGCAGUCCUGUUUAUUCAUUUAAACACAUAACUCAUGACAUCUUUAUUUCACAGAUCAUUCACCUGAUUAUUAAUGAUCAACAAAUGCUUUGAUUAGCUUUAUCACAAAUAAAGUACUUUAAUUAAAGGAAAGCGUUCUUCUCUUCUUCUGUCUCUUCUCCUGGAAUGUAAACAUACUGAACCAAGCGUCCGACCUUGGCGAUGUUACUGUGCGAAGGGGCAGCUGUUAAGGGCAGACCAUUAUAAGCUUCCUAACGCUACAAGAUCAAUAGUACCUCAGAGUUAACAAAACUGCCGUUGAGUAUGUGACGUAAUGUCUGUUAUAAAGUACUCCACAAUGUUGUAAACAGCUGGCGGCGCUUCAGAUAGAACUGGUACCGAUCUUCAGCGCCUUGGCGUGGCGCUUCUGGGACAUGGCGCUCCCUGUGUGCCCACUGUCAUCAGCUAUAAUGGCUUCCAUUUAAAAUGAUGGCGCGACGCGACUCGAUGCAGCGCAGCACAUCCGCCUCUGGUGUGCCCCAGGCUUCAGGAUUUUUAAAGUUGGAAUUCUGAGAAAAAAGUCUGAAUUUGCUUUAUUUUAUUUAUUUCCUUUCAUUCACCCUAAUCCUCUUUCAUGUAUUGACUCAGACCAUCAAUCAGCUGGUAAAUUAGGCUAAAAUUAACCUUUUUUUUUGUUUUUUAUUGCAAACUAAAUCAUAACCAAACCUGUUCUGGCCUUAAGUGUCCAGACGGGGCAUCAGGACCAGUACCUUCAUUGCUAAACAGCUGCAUGCUGCCCUCUGGUGGAGGAUCUAUUGAUGGCAUGAGCCAAUUUUAUUUGUCUAUUAUUUGAUUUACUAUUUUAAUGUUGUAUAAUUGCAUGAAAACUAAUUAUUUAAUUGUUGUUUUAUUAACAUUUAAUAAUAAACAGUUCAGACUUAUAAAAUGAUUAUUGUUUAAUAUUUCAGGCAUUAAGGGAUUAAACUGUUACACUGAAUGGUGAUUUAAUGGCUUCCUUCUCAAUGUUUAUCUCAGAGGGGACACCGAAUAAAUAGUAAUAACACGUGUUGAAUUGUUUAUAAUUUCAUGGACCUAUAAUGUCAUUUUUUGUUGGUUUUGAAUAGUCAUGAUCCUUUUGAUUUACAGAAGCUCUGUUUUCAUUCAGUGAAGAGUUGUUGUUGUUUUUUUUUUGUCCUUUUGUUUUUAUUGUCGGGUUAACUGUUCCAGGCAAAGAGGCUUGAUUUAAAGUCGAUGGCCUCAACGUACAGUAGUCUGUUGGAACAAAGCGCAGACUUCUUCUUUCUCCGUUCAUAUUUUAGCUUUGUGUACAUCUGAAGUGAAUGUAAGUAAAGAGAUUGUUCCAUCAACUCAAACAUGAUGCGGUUGUGAGCUUCAGGGUUACGUCAACCAUUGUAACUGUUUGCAAUGAAAAAGAAAACGUGAUGAGAGUCUAUAGGGCAUUUACUGAAUGGGGUGCAGGUAUGAUGAUGUUCUUUAAAGAUGAUCUCAGUCAGUCAGAUGUCUUAGAUGGCCAACAUUCUUACAUGUGCAGCUGUUCUCUUCCCGUCAGACCCCCCGAUGGGUCCCCCUCCUGCUCUGUGGAGGCAGCUCUGAACCACACCUCUCUCAGACUGGUCUGCUCCUGGCCCGGUGGAUUUCCCUCCCCUUUCCUCUUUUGGACCGGAGACCUGAUACAAGCAGGACAGGGACAGACUGACAUGGCACAGCAAGCAGAUCUACAGUUGUGGUCAGAGGUUUACACACACUUGUAAAAAAUAUAAUGUAAUGGCUCUACUGAGUGUCCCGUUAUUUCUAAAACUCUGAUUUUUCUCUGAUAGAGUGAUUGGAACAGAUACUUCUUUGUCACAAAAAACAUUCAUGAAGUUUGGUUCUUUAAUGUCUUUAUUAUGGGUUGUCUGUUGGGCAAACACUGGACAUUUUAGCCCUUAAUAAAAAUGAUCAAGUGAAAAAUGUCAUAAUUUUUGUGAAACUUUUUUCAUAAGUUGGAUGAGCUUGUGGCUGCCACCUGCUGCUGAUAAAACAAUAAAAAUAAAACUAGUGUUAACAUAAUCUAGAAGGGUAUGGUGCAUGCAUUUGUUAUGGUAAUGCACAGGCACUGGGCAGAGGAGGUCUUCAUGAUGAUUUAAAAAAAUGAACGCUCAACGAAGAGAAAAGGUUUGAUUUCGGUUCUACAAAUGGACACUAGGGGGUGCUAAAAGCAAGCCUAAACUACCUUGUUCCCCUUUAAGUCAUCUCUGACCCUGGCGUGACAACAUUAGGGAUGGCAAACCUGCCAACGCAGCUGGUGAGAUGGCAAGAUGGUGAAUUUAAGCCACUUUUAUGUAUGGAGUAUU